AUGGUGCUGCUGCUGUUACUGCUGCUGCAAGUGCCUAAUGAAGACUGUGGGACGCUGAAGGUGAAAUGCCCUUUGACUAUGGAUAGAGAUCAGAUAGACCCAUUCAUUUAUUAUAGGCCAGGAAACCACUUCAUUGGUGGGGUCAUCUCUACCACGCAAGCAUUGUUUCAUGAACACCUCUUCAACAAGCCUCCCUCAACCAGCUUUCACCAGAGAGCAGAGUCAAAGUACUGGCAGAUCCUCUCCUUCUUGUUUGCCAUUCAGGAGAUCAACCAGAAUCCCAGGCUCUUACCCAACAUCACCCUGGGCUACAGCAUCUAUGAGAACUUUUUUGAUGCAAGGGUGACGUACGACGCUUUGCUAGACUUGUUGUCUACUGGGGAAGCAAAUGUUCCAAACUACAACUGUGGAAGAUGGAAUAAUCUGCUGGCUGUUCUUGAAGGGUCUGACUCCCAAAGCUCCAUCCAGAUUUCAAGCUUGUUGGGCAUCUAUAAAACCCCACAGCUCCACACUUUCUUGAGAAGCUCUUCAUUUUACAAUUCUUCCAUGAAUGGAGUGUAUUUGGAUGAGAACGGGGAGCUGGCAGCCAACUUGGAUGUUGUGAACUGGGUGGUGUUUCCCAAUAACUCCGUCCUCAGGGUGAAGUUUGGAAGUAUCAACAGACAAGGAUCCCCAGGCCUACAGCUCACCAUCGACCACGAGGCCAUUGUGUGGCCCAAAUGGCUCAACCAGACCCUGCCUUCUUCCAGGUGUGUGGAAAGCUGCUGCCCUGGAUUUGUAAAGGUGGUUCAGGAAGGAAAGCCACUUUGCUGCUAUGACUGCAUUCCAUGUGCGGAAGGGACCAUUUCUACUCAGGAAGAUGCAGAGCAUUGUACUAAAUGCCCAGAAGAUCAAUAUCCAAACAAGGCCCAAGAUCAAUGUGUCCUCAAGAUUAUCACCUUCCUGGCUUAUGAAGAACCUUUGGGGAUCCUCCUGGCUUCCUUGUCCCUAUUCUUGUCUUUGAUAACUGGCUUUGUGUUAGGAAUUUUCAUUAAAUUCCACAAAACUCCAAUAGUCAAAGCUAACAGCAGGGACCUCUCCUACAUGCUCCUCAUCUCCCUCCUGCUUUCCUUUUUGUCCUCCUUCCUUUUCAUGGGCCGGCCAAGGAAAGCGACUUGUCUUCUCAGACAAACAGCCUUCAGCAUCAUCUUCUCAGUUGCCAUCUCUUCUGUUCUGGCCAAAACCAUCACUGUGGUGCUGGCCUUCUUGGCCACAAAGCCAGGGAACAGGGUGAGGAGAUGGCUGGGGAAGAGUCUGGCCAACUCUAUUGUCAUUUCCUCUUCCAGUAUCCAAGUUGUCAUCUGCACCAUCUGGCUGGGGAUCUCUACCCCAUUCCCAGACUCUGACAUGAACUCCCAGCCUGGAGAGAUCAUCCUGCAAUGCAACGAAGGGUCUGUUGCCAUGUUUUAUGUUGCUCUUGGCUACAUGGGCUUCCUGGCUGCCAUCUGCCUCAUGGUAGCUUUCCUAGCCAGGAAGCUGCCUGGGGCCUUCAAUGAAGCCAAGCUGAUCACCUUCAGCAUGCUGGUGUUCUGCAGUGUUUGGGUCUCCUUUGUGCCCACCUACCUGAGCACGAAGGGGAAAUACAUGGUAGCCGUGCAGCUCUUCUCCAUGUUGGCCUCCAGUGCUGGGCUCCUGGGCUGCAUCUUCAUUCCCAAGUUGUACAUUAUUGUCUUGAAGCCUGACCUGAAUACAAAGGAACAUCUAACAACAAAAAUAAAAACAGAAAUGUGA